UAUUAAGGUCAUAGCACACUUAAACGACUCUGCUCCCACCCGGCAAAAAGAAUAAAAUUCAAAUAUGGGCUUUAAAUAUUGCUCUUUAGAUAUAUUUUACAUUGGCAUCAUAAAUUAGCAGACAGCUCGCUGUCAGCGAGCUUACCGCCGUCAGACUGCUCGGUAGUUGACGCCUCGCAGGCCGCACGUUGUAGGCGAGCGGUCGGCGCGGUGCCCGCGCGCUUACUGCUAGCGGUCGGCGCGGUGCCCGCGCGCUUACCGCUAGCGGUCGCCGCGGGGCGCGGGGCCCGCGCGCUUUGCUAGCGUUCGCCGCGCCCGCCGUCGCGUCGCCCGCGCCGCUCAGUCGGUCAGUAUCUACACCGAGUAAACCGCACGUUCGAUCUCUUUCCAAGUGUUUUCGCAGAUAUUGAACGCAUUCAUUAUGAACAAAGAAAAACUUAUAGAAGAAGUUCGAAGAUAUCCCUGUCUGUACGAUGCCAGUGACGCAAAAUACGCAGAUUCUGCCAAAAGGGAUCAAACAUGGAAAUCUAUUGCUAGAACGUUGUCUGCAACAGAAUCAGAGUGCAAGAAAACAUGGACAAACUUAAGAGAAAGCUAUAGAAGGGCAGUUGUUAAGACACGCACAAAAAGUGGUCAGGCUGCUAUCUCAUCCAAAAAAUGGCAAUUUGAAGAAGAGAUGUCUUUUUUGUUGCCGCAUAUGAAACAAAGAAAAACUAUUUCAUCGUUAACGGAAGAUGAUAGUGAAGUGGACGAAAAUUUUGAUGUUAACGAAUUAUUGUCAAAUCACGAUUCUCUCAUGUCAUCAAAUGACUCAGAACUUAAUGUCGCCAACCAACCAGAAUCUGCUUCAACAAAUACCUCAGCAAACUCUUCUUUGUUUCCAAACAUCCCUAAAAGAAAGCGAUUCAAAGGGACCCAAGAAUGUACCUCGGCAUCAGCUCAACUUUUACAAUAUUUACUCAAAGAAAAAGAGACAAAUAAGGAUGACGAGAUUGACAAGUUUUUUUCGAGCAUUGCAACAACAGUAAAAAAAUUAAAUCGUUACAGCCAAUCUGUUCUGAAGUCUAGAAUAUUCAACAUGGUGUCUGAAUUUGAAUUACAAGAAAUUCAGGAACAAACUAAUUUCUAUGCUGGUUCUUCACGACACAAUAUUGAAAGUCCUUCGACUUCGGGUUAUAACACCCACAAUACAGGACCUUCGGGCUAUAACACCCACCAUGUAGGAUCUUCGGAUUAUGACCUCCAUAAUGCAGGCCCCUCCGAAUUUAAUACCCGCAAUGCAGAGCUUUCAGGCAAUAAUCCUCCAGUUUUAGAAGAACCGAUAUUGAACAGUGAAUUGCCUAAUGCUAUACAGAAAAAUGAUUCCUAAGAUUAACAUGUGGUAGAAUAUGUUUCUUUACUAAUUUAAAGUUAACAUUGUAAGCUAUAAGUAAUGGAAAUUAGAGACUGAUUGUUACUAUAUAUUUUUUUCAAAUAAAUAUGUACAAAAUUUACAAAAAAAGUUUCUCUUUCACUUACCUCA